CGAAGAGCUCAAAGCGUAAAUAACGUAAUGAAGUACCUGGAGGAGCCCCAACUGUCGUGGCUCAACUCGGUGCUGGGCAGCUACGAGAUCGGCGACCGCGUGCUCAAUGGCAAGAUCGAGACGUACUCGUGCAAGAAGGCAGGUAGCGACAAGCGCCUGGCCAAGAGCCUCGAGCUGUACUACCAGCAGGAGAUCGAGGCGUCCGCCGACCUGCUAAGCUCGUCUCCUCUUGGGCCUAUCGCCGCUCCAGCCACGCGGAAGCUGCUCAUCAACCUCAUCUCCACAAUGAACGCCAGCUUCCCAGACUACGACUUCAGCGCCGUUAAACCCGAACAGUUCCGAAAGGAGCCGGACUUUCGGAUAGCGCUGCAACGCAUUAACCACGACUUGGCCGAGCUGUUGGAGGCUGAGGGUAACGGCUUCGUGGAGAAGAUGUGGGAGGCUAUCGCGGAGGCUAUCAAGCUCGACGAGUGCGACGUGUACAGCUACAUUCCGGACAUGGACUCGGACCCGUUUUCGGACGGGAAUCUGUGGUCAUUCAACUACUUUUUCUACAACAAGGUGCAGAAGAAAGUGCUGUACUUCACGUGUCUGUGCAAGGGUUUAACGUACGAAAGUGAUAUGGACGACGAAACGAUGGAGGAGCCAACCGCCAUGGAUGACGACGGAGAAGACGCAAUGGAGGACUACUUUGGCAUGUCUCCGGACUGGGAGGACGGAUCGUAAUUUGUACGCACGCUGUGAUUCAGUGUCUCCGCGUACACUAUUGCCCUCUCACUGCAGCGCGCCUCAUCUGCAGGAAGAGACGCCCUUGUUCUCUUCCUCCAAAUCUCGUCGUGCGGUUUCGCUUUCUCUCUUUUCGGAGCUGACGAUGGCAGCCACAAAGCAGCCGGAGGAGCGAUCGCGGUCGUACUCCGCUGCUGUGCUUCAAUGCUCUACUGUAUUAUUGGUUAAUGUAUGCUCGAAUUUUGCGCUGCA